AUGGCGAAUCGCGAGGCUAGGUUCAACAAGGAUGUACUCAUCGACACAACCCCCAUGCCCGAUGACAUACCAAAGGUCGCGGAAAUCGGAAGCACAUCAGCGCCUCUGCUGAGCGCGGCAUACUUCAUAGGUGCCAGGUGUCGGGCCUACAACGACGACUACAUGCAAUGCAAGACCGAGUCAUAUGGCAGAGGAGAGUUGGACUGCUUGAAGGAAGGUCGCAAGGUUACUCGGUGCGCCGCGAGCGUGCUGUCAGAUAUCAACAAACACUGCUUGGAGGAGUUUCGCGCACAUUGGUCUUGCCUGGAGAACUACAACCAUUCCCUAUUUCAGUGCCGGAGGCCAGAGAGGGUCCUCAAUCGAUGUGUCUUCAACAAGAUUGGACUCGAGAAGACUAUCCCAGAUACGCCCAAAGGCCAAACACCAGUACAUCUCAGAGACUAUCAGUAUAUGGCUGACAGACGGAACGUGUUGCGGUCAGGAGAAAAGGAUGUCGGCAUCUUGAAGGACGGUACCAUCACAGGGAAGGACUAUGCGUCGUCAUAG